UUUGGAAGCACUCAUCUGCAGCUUCUCGGACCCGGUGGAUGCUCCAUGGGCCAGUCCGCCAUGUCAGCACGGUAAACUCGUUCUGCCCCAUAAGCAGGCCAUGCGCCCGAGAGACCCUGGCUGAUCCUUCCGUCUGUUUUUUUUUCUCCCGGCUUCGACGAUAUUUACCCCCGUCAUGCUACGACCUGUCGAUCUCUGCUCGACUCUUCCCAUGCUCAACCUACUAUGAGCAGCUCCGACUCUCCCCAGGGCGUCGCUAACACUCUCCCCGCCCGAGGCCUCGUCGCAGUCACCUGGGUCGGCGUCGCUCUGGGUAUCGCAUUCGCAAGCACGCGCAUAGCUAUCCGCAUCCACCGUCUGAACCGGCUUCUAAUAGACGACUACUUUGUGCUUCUUGCGCUGGCGCUCCUGAUCACGAACGCAGCGCUUCAGACGGUCCAGACGCCCCAUCUGUACUAUACGGCGUUGACGCCGACCGGGCCGGAUAUCGAGCACCAUGGCAAUCAAUACGUGCGGUGGGAGUUUGCAAUAAUAGGCCUGUUCUGGUCGGUUUUGUGGAGCAUCAAGGGCUCAUUUCUGGCGCUGUUCUGGGUGCUCACGGACGGUAUCCCGAGGUAUCGCUGGGCUUGUUGUGGUGUCGGGGCGUUUUCGACCGCCGCGUAUACGGUGUGUUGGUUGUUAUCGGCGCUGAACUGUCAUCCGCCGGGGGAUUAUUUUCAUUUUGGGAAAUGCACCAAACCGAAUGAUCAGCACAGCGCGUUCAUCACUAUUUGCUUUAGUACCACGGUGGACAUCAUAACAGACUUCAUGAUCAUGGCCAUCGGCCUCACCCUCAUUUGGAACACCGGGCUUAAUCUGCGCCAGAAACUUGGACUCGGGGUGAUGUUCAGUCUAGGCCUCGUCAUAAUCGCGGUAGCCAUAGUCCGCGCCGUGCAAAUCAGCGGCAAGGCGUACACCGACAUCGUGGGAGUCGCGAUCUGGGGCAUUGCCGAAUCAUCCAUCUCAAUGAUCGUCGGAUGUCUACCACCCUUCAAGAUCUUCAUCUCCAGCGACUCAAAGUCCUUGGCGCGAUACACCUCCCGAUAUAGCCGGAGCGGAGGCUCGAAGCGAAAAUCUCUCAGGCCGUCCAGCUGGGCUGAUGUGCCUCUUCCGUUGCCGCUGCAGGAGCGCCAGGUGUAUCGGAAUCUAGAUUAUGAGUUACAUGCUCGGGAUACAAAUAUCACGGGCGGAAAGCAGGCGCAGGUGACUGGGAAGGAGGUUCCUGAGUCGAGGGGAAGUGUUUCGGAUGAUGAGAGGCCCGGGGAGAUUAGGAUGGUGAAGGAAUUUGUGAGUUCUUCCUGCAGCUUUACUCAUUGGGUGUUGGAUUAAGAGGAUGGAAAUGCUAAUCCGAGUUAUAGAGUCUGGUGACUACGUCGUGAACGAACGGCUUGUUUUCUAUAAUAUGAGAUUGUGGUUGUUGGGUUGUUGGAGUUUUGAGGUCUGGUUGCAUGGGCUGGUUGUAUACUAUUAUGAUUUGGGUUGGGGUUUUGAUCAAGGAGCGAUUUGUUGGCAUGUUGUUUUAUACCCUGGUUGGAACUUGCGAUGUUCUUUUUAUUAAUAAUACACUCAAUACAUUCUUCUCCUUCC